AAAUUACUAUAUAUUUGACAGUAUCAGAACGCAACUGAGAUCUAUCAUUUCAAUCAAUUGUAAACUUAAUAUUAAUACUGAACGAAAAACGAAACGAAAUGAAAUUUAUGUCCGUUUUAUUCGUUACACUGUUGUAAAAGCUUGUGUAGUUAGUUUAUUGUGAAAUGGAUUUGAAUGAUGAUAUAGAAUUAAGUGAAGACGAAGAAAUCACAGUAGAAACCGUUUUAAAGACAGUACAGUGCGCAUGGCAAAAUGAACGUUUAGCGCCAGAAAUCCUACCCCACCGCAACGAUAUGGUAGAAUGCAUGUUGGGGCAGAUACAGCACAUGGAAAGAAACAUCAACAAACUCCCUAAAACAGAUCUUCGAGCAUCAAUUCAUAAAAUGGAACUAAGUAGAAUAAAAUUUGUGAUAUGUAAUUACUUAAAAACUAGGCUCUAUAAGAUAGAGAAAUUUUGUAUUCCCAUAGUAAAUGAAGAAAGACAACGAAUAGAAUCAGGAACGAACUAUCUUACACCAGCCGAGUUCAAAUAUGCUCAGGAGUAUUUAUUGAACAUGGAGAAUCACUUUAAAAAAGUUGUUUUGAAUAAAGUGCCUGGCAACAUGCAAGCCCUAGAACUGAGCAAGCUGGCCGUAUACCCUAACUUGUACAGUCAUGUGUUCCUGAAGGCGAACAACACUGUCACUGGAGUAGUCCUAGAGGAUCAGCCUGGAGACCAGGAUGAAGAAAUUGACUUGGAAGAUGGAUCACAACACAUCCUGCAGUACAAACCAAUAGCUGAACUAGUCAAAAAUGGAAAGGUUCAGUUAGUGUGAGAGGAAGUGUGGCGCUGUACAGAAACCAGUAAUAAGUGGUAGUGUAAAAUGCAGGCUUGGUGCACAAGUUUGCUAGAUAACAUAAGCCAUAUUGUCAUCACAAUACUAUGCUACUUUCAGUCUUUUUAAGAAUAGCAAUUAUUUACAUGGGUUUUGUAUAUAUAACUAUUAAACAAAAGUUUUGUAUACAUGUAAAUGAUACGAGUGUGUAAACUGUAAUUGUAUGCAAUAUAAUGAAUUGUAUCUCCUAAAUUAUGUAUCUAUUGGUUGAUUGUUUUUUAGACUUGCCAAAGAGAUUGACUCUAUCUAUGCCCUUCUGCCAUACUAGUAUAAAAACAUAAAAUUGAAAAGAAUCCUGUAGCUUAAGAUCGCCUUUUAUAUCCCCAUGUCUGUCUUCAACUCUAGAUUUGCACUCCUGGUUCUGUUUGUUUUUCAUAUUUAUUUUUCAGAUACUAAACUGACAAUUUAAUUACCUAAUUUACUACUCAGUCUAUUUUAUAUUUAUAGUCAGUCUGUUUUAUAUUAACACCUUCACUGCCAAGAACUGAAGUACCCAGCAUCGAAAGUGUUAAAAAGCCAUUCUAUUUGAGCAAUCAAACUUUAGUAUAUGAAAUAUAAAAACAAAUUUUACUACAUUUUUUUUAUAAUUUUAUUUUAUGUUGAGCCCAGACAACCCUGUUUUACUCUGGGUCAGAUGUGGAUAUGCAAACAGUCUUGAUCUAUCCACCAAGUUGCUAUUUCUUGGUUAAUGUUGCAUAAGAAAUAGUGAGCUAAUAAAGUUAACAACAAAAUUGAUUUAAAGUUUAAUACUAUGUACUGCAUUUUAGGGUCUGAUGUUAUUUGAAAAUGUCAAAACAAACUGUUAAUAUGAAGUGACAAAUUAUCUUAUAAUAUAAUUCUCUACAAAG